AGUAUCUUGUUUUUUUUAAAAACCUGUUCCUUCCAAAGUUGCCUGCCAUGCCAACUGUCAUUAGCGCAACUGUAGCCCCAAGGACAGGGGCUGAGCCCAGGUCCCCAGGGCUGCUUCCCCACCCAGCCCAGGGCAACACCACUGAGGCUGCGGGCGGAAACUCAAAUGGCAUCUAUUCAGCCAUCAUCAGCCGCAACUUUCCUAUUAUCGGAGUAAAAGAGAAGACAUUUGAGCAGCUGCACAAGAAAUGUCUAGAAAAGAAGGUUCUUUAUCUGGAUCCUGAGUUCCCACCGGAUGAGACUUCUCUCUUUUAUAGUCAGAAGUUCCCCAUCCAGUUCGUCUGGAAGAGACCUCCGGAGAUUUGUGAGAAUCCCCGAUUUAUCAUUGGUGGAGCCAACAGAACCGACAUCUGCCAAGGAGAGCUAGGGGACUGCUGGUUUCUCGCAGCUAUCGCCUGCCUGACUCUGAAUGAGCGGCUGCUUUUCAGAGUCAUACCCCACGAUCAGACUUUCACUGAAAACUACGCGGGGAUCUUCCACUUCCAGUUCUGGCGCUAUGGAGACUGGGUGGACGUGGUUAUUGAUGACUGUCUGCCGACUUAUAACAAUCAACUGGUUUUCACCAAAUCCAACCACCGCAACGAGUUCUGGAGUGCUCUGCUGGAGAAGGCCUAUGCUAAGCUGCACGGCUCCUAUGAAGCCCUGAAAGGUGGAAAUACCACAGAGGCCAUGGAGGACUUCACAGGAGGGGUGACGGAGUUUUUUGAUAUCAAGGAUGCUCCCAGAGAGAUGUACAAGAUCAUGAAGAAAGCCAUCGAGAGAGGUUCCCUUAUGGGCUGCUCCAUUGAUGAUGGGACGAAUAUGACCUAUGGAACCUCUCCUUCUGGUCUGAACAUGGGGGAGUUGAUUGCACGGAUGGUGAGGAAUAUGGAUAACUCGCGGCUCAGGGACUCAGUCCCCGACCCCAGAGGCUCAGAGGACAGACCAACCCGGACAAUUGUGCCGGUUCAGUAUGAGACAAGAAUGGCCUGUGGGCUGGUCAAAGGUCAUGCCUACUCGGUCACUGGGCUGGAGGAGACCCCGUUCAAGGACGAGACAGUGAAGCUGGUACGGCUGCGGAACCCUUGGGGCCAGGUGGAGUGGAACGGCUCCUGGAGUGAUGGUUGGAAGGACUGGAUUUUUGUGGACAAAGAUGAGAAGGCUCGUCUGCAGCACCAAGUCACAGAGGAUGGAGAGUUCUGGAUGUCAUAUGAUGAUUUCAUCUACCAUUUCACGAAGCUGGAGAUCUGCAACCUCACUGCCGAUGCUCUGGUGUCUGACAAGCUUCAGACCUGGACGGUGUCUGUGAACGAGGGCCGCUGGGUGAGGGGCUGCUCUGCAGGAGGCUGCCGCAACUUCCCAGACACUUUCUGGACUAACCCGCAGUACCGCCUGAAGCUCCUGGAGGAGGACGAUGACCCCGACGACUCUGACGUGGUCUGCAGCUUCCUGGUGGCCCUGAUGCAGAAGAACCGGCGGAAGAACCGGAAGCUGGGAGCCAACCUCUUCACCAUCGGCUUCGCCAUCUAUGAGGUUCCCAAAGAGAUGCACGGGAACAAGCAGCACCUGCAGAAGGACUUCUUCCUGUACAAUGCCUCCAAGGCCAGGAGCAAAACCUAUAUCAACAUGCGGGAAGUGUCUGAGCGCUUCCGCCUGCCUCCCAGCGAGUACGUCAUCGUGCCCUCCACCUAUGAGCCCCACCAGGAGGGGGAGUUCAUCCUCCGGGUCUUCUCUGAAAAGAGGAAUCUCUCUGAGAAGGUUGAAAAUACGAUCUCCGUGGAUCGGCCACUGAAAAAGAAAAAAAACAAGCCUAUCAUCUUCGUUUCGGACAGAGCAAACAGCAACAAGGAGCUGGGUGUGGACCAGGAGGAGGGCAAAGACAUAACAAGCCCUGAUAAACAAGAAAAAUCCCCACAGCCGCAGCCCAGCAACACUGACCAGGAAAGUGAGGAACAGCAACAAUUCCGGAACAUUUUCAAGCAGAUAGCAGGCGAUGACAUGGAGAUCAGUGCAGAUGAGCUCAAGAACGUCCUUAACACAGUUGUGAACAAACAUAAGGACCUGAAGACACAAGGGUUCACGCUGGAGUCCUGCCGUAGCAUGAUCGCUCUCAUGGAUACAGAUGGCUCUGGGAGACUGAACCUGCAAGAGUUCCAUCACCUCUGGGAGAAGAUUAAGGCCUGGCAGAAAAUUUUCAAACACUACGACGCUGACCACUCUGGCACCAUCAACAGCUAUGAAAUGCGAAAUGCAGUCAAUGAUGCAGGAUUCCACCUCAACAUCCAGCUCUACGACAUCAUUACCAUGCGGUAUGCAGACAAAUACAUGAACAUUGACUUCGACAGUUUCAUCUGCUGCUUUGUCAGGCUGGAGGGCAUGUUCAGGGCCUUCCAUGCAUUUGACAAGGAUGGAGAUGGUAUCAUCAAACUCAACGUUCUAGAGUGGCUGCAGCUCACCAUGUAUGCCUGAAACAGGCCGGCCUCACCAAUACCACUAGAGUCAUAUACCACAAAGGACUCUGAAGCUGAAUCCCCAACAGCCCUCCUUGUUCCUUGUUCCUCCUCCACUUCACUCCCCACUUGGCCUCAGAGCAUCUGUUGAACUUUCAGGCCUAGCCUGACCCUUUAGUUAAAGAAGAGGUAGGAAGAACAACUUUGUCCCUCUGUCACGUGGAGGCAAGUGCUUCUAUCUGUCUCAGCUAGUUGUAGCUCGGCUGAGAGGUUUACUCUGAAUCUGAGUUGACUCAGCUCCGAAGCAAAUGCAUGAGUUUUGACCUCUCUCCUUAGCUUGCCUUCGGCUGUGUGCAUUCCUUGGGCUGGAGGCCUCUGUCACCUUUAUGCUCUCCCGCCCAUGGGAUAGUAGCCAAACUAGCUCCCGGUUCUGGCUCAUUGUUUCCGGAUGGGCCUGCUCUGAGGUAAACUAGCUCAGUGGAACAGGACUGGAUACUUUGGGUUGUCUAACUUAUAAGUUUGGCUGCAUUCUGAAAAAAAGUUGAUCUCAAUUAAUAAAGGAAUGUGUAUGGCUA